GCCCGUCAGGUUGGUAGGAUAAGGAAUACAAUAUACAGAGGGGGGAUCCAAUCCGGUUUGAGCUAGUUCCUGUGCUGAUAGAACAUUUAUGUUAACAAAACAAGCUAAGCAACCAUGCCGAAAAGAAACAAAGCUAAUAAUGAAACUGAGGUGGAGCCAAAGAGGCGAUCCCAGAGGCUGUCAUCUAAACCUCAGGCAGAGCCCAAGGCAAAGGCAAAGCCACAGAAGUCACCCGCUAAACCCAAAAAGGCAAAGGAAGUAGUGAAGGCCAAACCCGAGAAGAAGGAAGAGCCGGAGGAGGAGGAAGAGGAAGAGGCCCCAGCAGAGAACGGAGAGGCCAAGGCUGAGGAGGAGGAGGCACCAGCAGCAGAGGAGCCAGAAGCUGAGGAGGCCGAUGAGCCCGAGCAGAAAGAGGAGGAGGAGGAGGCAGAGGAGGAGGCAGAGGAGGAGGCAGAGGAGGAGGCAGAGUAACUGCCUGGUCACCAGUGCUCCCUGUACCUCCUUUCUUGUACAAUGCAGAGGAUAUUUUUAUCAACUAUUUUCUUAAAAAAACAAAACAGGUUUUUUAGUAGUAUGAAUGUAGAAACACAUUUUUAUUUUUUGUUUUGUUUUUUAUACGAAAAAAAAAAGACAUUUGGAGAUUGUCUCCGUUGUAUCCCACACUUACACAUCUCUGAAAGAAAUGUUAUGGUCAUUGUGUGGUCAAUGUUUCUUUUUUUCUUUAUUGUCUAAUUUUGUUUUCAACAAGGGGAGGGGACAGGUUGGAGCUAAAACAUGCAAUCAUGCCAAUAUCAGGAAUUUGUUGUUCAACUAGGAGAGGUUGCCUAAGACUAACAUUCCAUAGGCUAUAUGAGGGACUGUGUAAGUAACCUGUAUUGUGGUGGGGGCAGGGGGGGCUAAUACUUUUUUGUUUAUAAUGGGGGUGUAGGACAGGGGGAGGGGGCUGACUGUUAAAACUUUUCUCUAUGAAUAUUAACUCCUUUAUCCAUGCAGUUAUUUUUCCCUUUUUUGGUUAAUCAUACUCACUAGUACUGGAUUUCUUUGUCAGACCCGUGCAUUAUGUGAAAUGGUUCUUGUCUCUGUUUGGCAAUAACAUUUGUAUAGCUGCUGUGAAAGUAGGUUUUUCAUUAUUUCGAUAUGCAGUAUGUAACGGUACAUUGUGAGGAUGAUUAAAUGGACUGGGGUGUUGUUAGCCAAGCUAAUUAACGUCACACACAAUACAGUGUUAAACAUACUGGCUCUAGAAUAUCCUUCUGGGAUAUACUGUUAAACAAAUGACUGUAAUUUCACUUAAGAUCACAAGUGAACAUACCCAAAGUAGCAACAUUCUCAUGUGGUUUUAGGAUUUAUGUACCAAUGUACAGUUUUCUCAGUUUUUUGUAGCUGUGUCUGUGUAAUGGUUGGUAUAGAAAAUGCCAAUUAAAUGGUUGUAAAAUC